AUGAGGUGCACUUUGGUGGAGCUUCAAGAACUCUCAUAUGUGCUCUGUCAUGUCUACGCCAGUGCCACACGAUCGGUGUCUAUUCCUGCUCCUGUAUACUAUGCAGACCGUGUCUGUGCAAGGGCAGCAUAUCACUUCGACCCAGCGACGGAUUUGCACCUGGAUGAUGAGACCUUGACAUCCUCUAGUGAUGCGCAUCGGGAAUUCGAUAUGACCAGGUGGCAGGCUGCGUUCAGGCAGUCUGCCAUGAACGGGCGGCUCUAUUUCCUGUGA